GUUUGCCAUCUCACCUCGCAAUCAUGGCCGCACUCUUGGAAACCCGCGCGCCGACAGAGGCAGAGCUGGAAGCCUUUUUUUCUCGGCAUGAGGAGCUGCUCGCCGCUGAGCGCGCAGAAGAAGAGGAGCAGACGCGCCUCCUCAACACGAACUGCUCGCCCAAGCUGCUGGAGUCAAAGGGUCUCGCCUUGGGUAGUCUCGGUGUGGCGAGUAUCUCCGUUGGAUUAGGGGGAAAGACGUUGGUCGAGCUGUGCCGCCCUAUUGCAUACAACGUCGACACGGAGCUGCCUCUGCACACGUUCCGCAAUGGCGAUCCGGCGCGUAUCGAGGAGAUCGUACCGGAGAAGAAGGGGAAGAAGGCAGAAGCAGCGGGCGUGGAUGGUGUGGUGUACCGCGUCGGCCGUGAUAAGAUCGUGGUGGCCGUGAGCGAGGGCGAUGUUGAGCUUCCCGAGCGACUCAGGCUACUCAAGCUGGCCAACUCGGCGACAUACGACCGUAUGCGCCGCACACUCGAGCACCUCCGCCGCCUAGUGCUCCCAGGCGAGUCGACUCCCAACGCAGCCAACUGGCCGCUUAUCAACGCGUUGCUCGGGAUAUCGCCGCCAACCUGGUCGACCAUUCCGCCACCCCUCAACGGCGAUGGGAUGCACUGGUACUCCUCUCGCCUCAACGACAGCCAGAAGGAGGCCAUCGAGUUCUGCCUGCGCGCCGACACCCUGGCGUGCAUCCAUGGUCCACCAGGCACCGGCAAGACACACACGUUGAUCGAGGUUAUCUUCCAGCUACUUGCGCGUCCCGCCGGGCCAGAGACCACACAACCCCCGCGCAUUCUUGUGACGGCGCCGAGUAACCUGGCCCUCGACAAUCUGCUAUUGCGCCUGCACACGCUCGCCCAAUUGCCCGAUUACGCCGGUCUCCUCCCACCAGGCUCAAUUCUGCGCCUGGGGCAUCCCACGCGCGUGAACCGCGAUCUGGUGCGUGAGACUCUGGACUGGCGUGCCGCCAACGGGGAGGAGGGCGCGCUCGUCCGCGAUGUAGGCAAGGAAAUCGAAGGCCACCUCUCCGAUCUCGGGCGGAAGCGGGGCGAGAAAGGCGCCGUGAAGGGCCGGGAGCGCGGGAAUAAGUGGCAGGAGGUGCGGGAGCUGCGCAAGGAAUAUCGCCAGCGCGAGGCCAAGGUCGUCACGAACACCGUGCGCCGCGCGCGUGUCGUGCUCGCCACUUGCCACACUGCGGGUGCAAGGCAGCUGAAUAACAUGCAGUUUGACGUGGCCAUUGUCGACGAGGCGACGCAGGCGGUCGAGGCGGUAUGCUGGGUGCCGAUUCUCAAAUCCAAGAAGCUCAUUCUUGCCGGCGACCCGCAGCAGCUGCCGCCGACGAUUUUGAGCAAGGACACAAAGGGGAAGCGUAAGGAGAAGAAACAGAAGGUUGAGGGCGCGAAGAAGACGAUGCCCGAAGCCAAAGAGACAGCGGUGGCAUCGGAGGAGGACGGGCCUGUAAGCGAGGCGGAUUCCAGCGAUGGCGAUGAACAGGUCGUCGAGGCCAGCAAGAAGCUCGCGGGUAUCUCUGUCAAAGCCAAGUCGCUGCGCCCUCCACACACCCUCGAGACAACGCUGUUUGACCGCUUAGAGCGUCUUUAUGGACCAGGCGUCAAGCGCGUCCUAAAAGUCCAGUAUCGGAUGAACGAGCGCAUCGCGGCCUUCCCGAGCGCCACGUUGUACGGCGGCGAAUUAGUCUCGGACGAGUCCGUGGCGCAUCGCACGCUUCUCGAUCUCCCGACCGCUAGCGACAGCGAUGACGCACGCGAUGUGCUCGAGCACCCAGUGGUGUUCUUCGACACAGACGGGUGCGAGUUCUACGAGCGCUCCGAGGCGGACGACGUCAAGUCCCUCGGAGAGGGGAGCAAGGCGAACGAGAACGAAGCCGUCGUGGUCGCGGCGUGGGCUCGCAAAUUGGUGCAGCACGGCGUAGCGCCGGCCGAGGUGGGCAUCGUCGUGCCCUACCAGGCGCAGGUGAGCGUGCUGGCAGGCAUGCUGCGCGACGAGUAUCCCGAGAUGACUAUCGGCACCGUCGACGGGUUGCAGGGGCAGGAGCGGGACGCGGUGAUUCUCAGCCUCGUGCGGUCGAACGAGAAGGGCGAGGUCGGGUUUCUCGGCGAGCACCGCCGCUUGAAUGUCGCGAUGACAAGGCCGCGCAUGCAGCUGUGCGUCGUAGGCGACAGCAGUACCGUGGCCAAGGGGAGCGCGUACCUCAAGAAGUGGAUGGCGUGGCUUGAGGAGAACGCGGAUGUGCGGUAUGCGGGCGACGAGGUGUAGGUGGGUGCUGGGGCGUGGGUGCUGUGACGUUUGCACGGCUGCGCUACUGCUGGCGAUCAAUCACAUCAGCUGGACUCGGUUAGGUGUAAUUAUGGGCCAAUUACUAUAGUUUUACUCAACUGGUGCCACGGACGGAAGGAGGUGCCCAGCGGAAUGCAAUGCAGAUGCCUAGAU